CUUUUUUUUCUCACUUUGGUGGAGUAAGUGCUCUUCCAACCUUUUCCUCUUCAUCAUCAUCAUCAUCAUAUAUUCAUCACCACCAUCUUCAUCAUCUUAUUCCUCUCUUUUUAAGCUCAUCCAUGAAUCCUUCAUGCAUUAAUCUUCUAACCAUGAUUCCAAAUUCUGAGCUAAUGAAGUUCCAAGAAGCAGCAACAAACAGUCUAACUUCAGCUCACCACCUUUUCAACUUGAUUUCCAUGCAAACUACCAACUCAAACAACCAUGAACUCAGCUUGAUUGCCCACACUGCAAUCUCUCAAUUCAAGUCUCUGGUUUCCAUGCUUGAUCACACCUCAUCUUGUUCCAUGUCCAAGUUCAAGAGAAUCAGAAAAGGUCCUUUGCCAAACUUCCAGGAUGUGGAUAUCCACCAGUUCAUGGAUUCUAGAAUUCAGAUAUUGCAAAGACCUCUAGUUGUUAGGAAUCCAGUGAUUCAACCUUUCAAUGUUUGUUUGAAUAAUAAGCAGCAGUUGUUGAACAAUUACUUUUACUGUUAUUCUUCAAUGUCUGCACAGCAGAGUUCUGGUGGUGAGUCCUCUUUUUUGUCUUCUAAGAAGAGGAAUGGUGGGUUGAAAUGCACUGUUUCUGCUGGUGGUUGUCAUUGUUCAAAAAGAAGGAAGGAGAGGAUUAGAAGAACAAUUAAGGUUUCUGCAGUGGGUGGGAAGUUUGCUGAUUUACCAACUGAUGAUUUUUCUUGGAGGAAGUAUGGACAGAAACCAAUUAAAGGGUCUCCUCAUCCAAGGAGUUACUACAAAUGUAGCAGCAUGAGAGGGUGUCCGGCAAGAAAACAUGUCGAACGAUGUUCGAACGAUGCUAACAUGCUAAAUGUGACUUAUGAAGGAGAUCACAACCAUCCCAAGCUCAAUGCAGAUGGACCAAACAUUGUUGUCCAGCAAUAAAAACAACACAAGCCAAAGAAAAAAUCGAUGAAACUUUCGAAUUUUUGAGUCAUACAUGUAAUCAGAGUUGUUCGGGAGCUGAGAAAAAUUCACAUGACGAUAGUUUUGUGUUUGGUUGACGAGAUUUGCAAAUUUGUAUUUGGAUAUAUAAUGAAAUCAAAAUUUCGACUUAAAAUUGUUUGUUCUAGCUUUAAAUUUUCAUCGAUAGAUUU